AUUUCCGGCGCGACCGAGGUGGUUGGUCGCGACUGCGAAGCGUCUGCAGAGCGUCACGGCCCCAGCGGCGCCUCGGUGCUUCAGGACCCCCGCCGCGUCCAUGCAAUAGCAGGUCGCGUCCGGUGCAAACACUUUGAAAGGAACUCUUCCGCAGCGACAGCAGCAUCAGCAGCGACGACAUGUCAUCUGACCCACCGAAGGCCGAUGAGUGUUAGGCCUAGCGGAAGCACUCGGCUGGUCCACGCAGCUUAGUGCGUGCCUACCACGUCUAGGGGAGACCGACUCUGUUUCAGGAGGUGUAGGAGGAGCCUCCUCCCGGAGGAGCUCUCGGGCAUCCCGAAACGUCAUUCCGUUGCAGACGACGCCGCGGACCAGACGAAGUGUGCGAGCGCGUCAGCUGCCGCUCAAGACUACGUGGUGACUCCAAGACCGUCGUCUCCAAAAGUGGGACGCCCGGUGCGUGACGCUCAGCGGACACCAUGCCUCGGGCAUUCCUCAUCACGAACAAGCGCUACAAUUCGACCGUCGACCACGACGACACCGAUCAACACCGUCCCGCCGGUGGCGGCAGAGAGAACAGCCCCGAGCGGCGCGUGAGCACAGCCGAGGAACCUGCCGAGCACGAGGCGGAACCAUCGUCGCGCGGCCCGGAGGCGACGGCCCAGGGCUGCUGGGCCUCCUGGAAACCGGCCAGCCCGCGGUCUCCCGCUAGCCUCUCGCGGACUGCCACGCCUACCGUGUCUGAAGAGCCGCUCAGCCUGACAGUGCAUGAUGCGCAACCACAGCUCUCAUCUGCAGCAGCAGCGUCGGCGAGCAUACUCGCUGCAGUACUGCAACAAGUUCGAACUCUUCAGGAGCCCGGCGGCACCUCGCGGCUCUCGACCAGUGGGGCCGGCGAGCCGUACUACGCGUGCCCCGAGUGCGGCAAGCGGUACAGCACGUCGAGCAAUCUGGCACGACACCGGCAGACGCACCGCAGCGUGACGGACAAGAAGGCACGCCAGUGCCCGCACUGUUCCAAGGUGUACGUGUCCAUGCCGGCCUUCUCUAUGCACGUGCGGACGCACGGCCAGGGCUGCCAGUGCCCCUUCUGCGGCAAGUGCUUUUCUCGGCCCUGGCUGCUGCAGGGCCACAUCCGCACGCACACGGGAGAAAAGCCGUUCAAGUGCUCCCAGUGCUCCAAGGCGUUCGCAGACAAGUCUAACUUGCGCGCCCACGUCCAGACCCACUCUCCCACCAAGCCGUUCGUGUGCCGCCGCUGUGGGAAAGCGUUCGCGCUCAAGAGUUAUCUCUACAAGCACGAGGAAUCAUCAUGCAUGAGGGUCCGCGCCGGGGCUCCGUCGCCGGCCGUGUCCAAGGCGGAACCCGACAUGUGAGCGACGCCAGGCGGCGCAGUCGACACCGAGGCGCCGGCGCACGCGUUGGACUUGUGGCAAGCGUCGUCUCCCAGUGUGGUGGAUUCGCCCUCCUUGGCAGCCUGUCCUCACGUCUCCGCGCCGUGGCACAGACUCUCUUUUUCGGCUGUCCGGCGCCUUGUGGGCUUCUUUACACCGGUUCUUUCUGUAGCCACUGCGGCAGUGAUGACGAUGUGUGGCCCGCCGAGGCCGUCAGCCUUAUCAACGUCCGUCCAUUUUUGUACACAUCUUAUUGAAGUGAGACAUCAAAAAUGUAACCUAUACACUACUCUCCGGGGUGUUUAAAGAGCCGCGGUUUAAUCAUCAUGAACUCUGUGAACGCAUUAGUCGUAAAAGAGUUGAUUACGGUUGUUUUUCGCCAGCAUGUACUUCGGUACGAACGCAUUCGUGCAAGGGAAAGUGUUCUCUGCACUUCUUCCCUCCUUCUCUCUUUUUUUUUUCUCUCUCUCGUUUAAGUACUUAAACAUAGCGGGUGCCUUUGCACGAUUUACUAUGCAUGUGAGGUCGAGUUUCUCAGCUGAUCACAAGAGUGUAGCGCUAGUCUACGAUGUGUGCCCAGCAUGUCAGCAUUGUUUUCUGCCUCUUGCAUUUAAUGAGUCAUGCACAACGAUGUCAUGACUUGCUUGGGCUCAUUAAGGGUGCUUAUACAACGAAAACAUAUGUAGUUAGAUAACAUAUUUUUGCAGCAUAAUGUCAUUAUCAGUAUCAUUUAUACUUAGGAGUUUUUCAUUCACCACCGACUGUAUCAAAUAUAUUGGGUCGGUGCAUACAUCCAUGCCAUUCUGUUUAUUUAUUAUUUUUAAACCAUAGAUUAAGAAUAGCGAAAAGCUCUAGAAUAUUCCUGGUGAUGUGUUUUGUUAAUUUUUUUUCUCAACAGCAGUGUAAAAAACCUCCGCAGAUGUGAGAUCAUCAUGAACAUUAGAUGGGGUGGGGUGGGGCGGGGGAAUGUAUAGUUGAAUGAUUCUAAGGAUAUUUCUGAUGGCAUAAAUUAUUCUAUCAUAUAUUUAAAAACAAAACGGCAUGAACUCUUGCACCAACCUAACCAUGCAAUAUGCUGAAGGGUAUUUGUUUCUAUUCACGUGAUUCUUGUCUUCAAGCGACACGGUUUUUCAUUGUUAGAUUUCUUCUGCUUAAUAUUACUCAAAUCUAUUUACUGAUAUUUUUAAUUACUUUAGGAGUACAAGGAAAAGCCUCAGUGUUUGGAAGUACGACAUAGAAGAAAGCCAUGCAUUAUUCGAUCUUUAUGCUUUACUUCCAUUCUUUAUAUUUGGGAUGUGUAAUAUUACAGUCUUCUCUUUAGAAGAAAAAGAAGUCUUUAAAACGAGGCUCUUCUGCUCUACUACUUUGUUUUUAAAGUUUUUAACUAAAAUAUCAGAUAGAAACUACAAGCCAACGCUCCUUAAAGUGCUGAUAUGUUGGUUCAUUUUUACGCUGGAAGUUUGCCUAACGGCAUAAAUGAUAAGGCUAUAUACAAAUGCAGGCCUGUUUCGGCUAUAUAUACGAUGGCAAUGCUUGUGGGAGGGUCCAAAAUUUCCAAGAAUCAUAAUCCGGUCUUAUCGUGGGAUGAAGACCCACUGUUUGCAGUUUUUUAGAGCGCCGAAAACAAAGUAAACUUAACCGUAAUGCAUAGACAACAUCGACUUAACAUGUUGUACUUACUUUUUCGUUUGUUUCUCACGUAAGGCGUCAGUCAGUGGCGCUACCAGUCAUUUUAGUACCGGACGUGAAUACUUAUUUUGUACAGCUCAAGUCAACAAAUUAGAGAAAUAGCGACGUAUAGUUUUCUUUUCCUUGCAUGCCCCACCAAAAGGCUUACAUGAAAAAAAAAAAAGAAAAAAAAACGGGCCAGAAAGUGUUACCGUUUGCAUUUUUUUCCUUCAUCAGAUGAGAGUGGCACAAUGCCGAAACCAAUAAUUUUUUUUGCCGGCGGCUUUCAAGCUGGAAAUGGUGAUAGUGGAAGUGGUGCUACGAAUGCGGCUAUUUAAGUUCAAACGUGUGAACUGUGGAUGUGACCGCAGUGCACUGCCCUCGGCAUAAGUAUCACAAAAGGACCAUGGAGCCCUCAACAUAUAUAUAUAGAUAAGGGGCCGAGAUUUAUUUUGUGCUUCCAGCAUUAUUUCAUACAAUCUGGUCCACAAUUUAAAAAAAAAUGUUCUGCGCAUCUGAACAGAGGCCUCCUUGAACGGAGUUGGGUUUUCGGACGCAAGCCUAAAGCUCAUGUCUUAGCUCUUAACGCCGGCAGAUCAUGGUUGUACAUAUACUCGGUGAUGACGUUAUUCGCGUCUGCUGCGAGCGAAAGCAGUGCAACACACAACACGUCCCUCUUUGUCUGUCUCAUCGCGCACAUUUAUUACGAGCAUUCCUGCAGCUUAGCAGCAAAUCCACUUCGACAUUCACUCACGACGUGCCUUACCUUUACAUCAAUUUCAUCGAAUCAGAUGCGACCUAUUUUUAGACGUGACCACCUUUUUUUCAUUGUUGCGAGAACAGAAGUUGACGUUUACUCCCUAUAUUUACCUCUGUGUGUAGCAUGCGCGCAGCCGCUGGUGCGCUAGGGCUAGAGGCAAUUUCCUCGUCACAUGUGCCUUUGUUGGCGCCGACAUGCGCUUGCUAACCCGAUUGUGUGCUGCUUCCCGUGCGCUGACCACGUUUCCGAGGGUAUUGAAGCGAGAAGUUGGCGGGAAAACGCUAUUCAUCCAAGUCCUCGGGCUGUGCUCCGAUCGUUAGCGCACAGUUAGGCCGGCCUGUGCAAUAUAUUUGUGGCGUAACUCGUUGUUCCCAGUGUUUCUUUAACGUAAGCUCGUUGAGGCGCGCUUGGUGCUCCGCUGUUGACUGCAACGGCAAGGGGAGCACACAGCUCAGAGGCGUCGACAGGAGGGAGGGCGAUGGGGUGCAUGGAGAGGACACCGCUGAGCUGCACGCGAUUUCCCUUCAGCGUUUAAUUUGACUCGACGGUGAGCGUUGCUGGAGCCUGUUUGCCUCUGCAGAGCAGGACGUGGCGCUCCGGUGAUUGUCAUCUUAUCGUGUCGGUACCAGGAUUGGCGUGCGUCUUCCGAUGCAUCUGGAGCUUUCUCAAGCACCGACUCCCAUCGCCCGGUCGACGCCCGGCCGUGUAAAUUGAAAUCUGCUCUGCAGAGAAAACGGCGCCAUUGAGGAGCGCUGAGCUCUCGCUGCAACGCGAAGCCGUGGCACCCUUACAGCCCUCACCUCUGCGCCCCCGUUAAAAGUAUAAUGCCGUAGUUGUCUGUUGCUCUUGUGUGUUCGUCGUUCGCGCUUAGUCAGUGUCAAGAAUGGUUGGGUCCGAUUUAAGACCGUUAUAUUUAUGGCAACGCCGCGCUGUGUAUACAAUGCUCAGUAUUCAGCAAACUUUUUUUUUUCUUUUAAAGACCAGCAUCACCGCUAGUGCCUUAUUACGCGCCGUCCGACGGCGGACGAGCCCGUCUUCUGUUGCUGAAUAGUUGGAAGAAGAAAUGUGUCCAGUGCCUUGAAGCUAGUAUAAUACAUGACGUGGAUAUAUUUACGGCCAUAACAGCAGAUACCAUGGACUAUAUAGGAGAUGUCCGCCUAACAUUGUUUAUUUGUACAGCGCGUGUGAACGGCCCUGUUUUUCAAUCGCUUUUUCAGCGUCGGAGAGCAAGAACUCCAAGUGCCUUGUCUGUAUUUUUUCCCCUUUCCGUUUGAUUGAUUUCUAUAUAUAAUCCACAAGUGCCUUGUUUUUGUUCGUGGACUAUGGCACCGCUAUAUGCCUGACGUCAGACAGGCUUAUAGCGUCUGUGUGAGUGCGGCUGGAGGGUGAUUUUCGGAUACAUUUUUUUUUCUUUCUCCCUAAUGUGGUGCAUGAGUGUGCGUGUGUGAGCGUGUUCCCGGUUGUCGAAAUGACAGAUGAAAGUGUAUAAUCUCACUCGCGGCGCUUUCUUGUUGGCGUGAGCCUCACCUGACAGAGAGGCAUUGUCAAUACUUCAGGGUUGGUGGGACGGGUUGUUUGCCCGAAAAAUAAACGAAAAGUGUAUUCCAGAAAAGGACGAAAAUUGAGGCUCUGGAUUAUGGCAGACUGGACGGUGCAAAUGUAGCGUGCGCGCUUCAAUUCCUGAAGUGAACGCAUGAGGGUCAGCGCCGAACGAUAGAUCGAUGAAGUUUCUGGCAGUCUAAUCGGCGGCACCUGUCGUGCUCAGCGAAAUUCCGAAAGUUUGUAAGCCACGUGUAACUGUCGGAUGGAGAUGCUGUAAGCUGUCAAUACGCCCGUCCGGCUGCUGCCACACGCGCCGCAGGUCGUCGUGGCGUUACUUAUUUUCGUUAGACGUGAAAGUAAAGACUUUCUGUGGGUUACAUCCAUUAGUAACAGAAAACAGGGCAAUUCAUUCUAUUUGUUUGCUUCGCUUCAUUCCCGAAUCAAUGUGGUUAUUAUUUAUUUUUUAACUUCGCCAUACACUUCCAGAAGGGAAAUGGUAUUAAAAAAAAUGUUAAAGUCCCGAUUGUGAGGCAACAUAUGAGUCCGCGGAAAUAUCGCUCGUUCACCUCAGGUGCCGUGUACUGCGUUAGUUAUGAACAACUGUUCUCAGUAGUGAGCUACGCCUUCCAUAAAUGGUAGAAAUAAAAGUGCGAAAAACAAAAAUGCUUAAUAUUUAGACAAUACUGCGAAGUGCUAAACAUGUAGCUUCAACUGGAGCUUCAACUGGACUAUGACGAUAUCUAUACCAAUGAAAGGUACUUUUCACGGAAACUUUUUUUUUUUUUUUUUUUUUUACUAUCGUCCUGUGUGCCCGAAAUAUGUAUCCUGCUGCGUCCUUGAAACCAAAGAGGCUAGUCUUGUUUAGGUGCGCGACCUUAUAUAGUUACUGUACUCUACACUGUGUAUUUAUUUCUAUUUGUAUGACGUAUUUUGCGCUCGCAAAGAGCGACCUGGUCUGUAUCUUUCACCUUCCUGGUUUGAAAGAAAGUAAAACUAUCAUGCAUUGGUACAA